AUGGCUAAGACCCUUAGUGAUCAUUUGCUGAACACCCUGGAGGAGCUCGUGCCCUAUGACUUUGAGAAGUUUAAGUUCAGCCUGCAAAACACCAACCUGGACAAGGGUCUUUCCAGGAUCCCUCGGGGCCAAGUGAAGAUGGCCAGGCCGGUAAAGCUGGCCAACCUUCUACUCAGCUAUUAUGGGGAAGCGUACGCUGUAAGGCUGACCGUGCAGGUCCUGCGGGCCACCAAUCAGCGCCUUCUAGCAGAGGAGCUUCGCAAGGCCACAGGCCCAGGAAGGUCACAGGACAAGGCUGCAUGUCCACUUUGCCACACCCAGGAAGGAGACCUGCAUGGCAGUACCUUGGUGCAAAGUUUCUGUAGCUGCUCCAUCGCUCCUGGGGAUCCCAAGGCCUCGGGCAGAUGCUCACCCGUGUGCCCCCAGUGCCAGCGUCCACUCGCCAGCAAGAGCUGUGAAGCCCAGAGCCCCCAGCUCCUGCCACAGUGCCCUCGUCACAUGAAGCAGGUGCAGCUGCUCUUCUGUGAGGACCACAGGGAGCCCAUCUGCCUCAUCUGCAGGCUGAGUCAGGAGCAUCAAGGCCAUCGAGUGCGCCCCAUCGAAGAAGCUGCACUGGAGUACAAGGAGCAAAUUCAGCAGCAGCUGGAGCGUCUGAGGGAGCUGAGGGGAAGUGUGGAGGAACACAGACGGCAGGGAGACAAGAAGACAGAGAAAGCCCUGAAACAAACAGAAACCCAGACGCAGAGGGCUUCGUGUCAGCUUGAGAAGCUGUACCAGUUCCUGGAGCAGCAAGAGCAACUCUUUGUGACCUGGCUACAGGAGCUAAGCCAGACCAUCAGCAAGGUCCGAGAGACCUGUGACACCCGGGUUUCCCAGGACAUUGCCCUCCUGGAUGAGCUGAUUGGAGAACUGGAGGCCAAGCAAGACCAGCCAGAAUGGAAGCUCCUGCAGGACAUUGGAGUCACCUUGCACAGGGCUGAGAGGAUAACUGUCUCUGAGCCGUUGGCUACUCCUGCAGAUGUUAAACAACAGAUCCACCUGCUCUACCAGAAAUCAAAGUUUGUGGAGAAGAACAUGCAACGUUUCUCAGAAACGCUGCGCUGUGAAAUGAAAGCACUCAGUACUGCAGAGGCGGCACAGUGGGGAGGGCACUGCUCUGGCACAGCAGAGGCCCCGGGGCUGAUCCUGAAAUGCUAUGGUGGAGACACACAGAACCACAAUAUAGUUUUUUAUUCACAAGUGGAAGCUGUAGGACCAGAGCCUCAGGAUCACCUUCAGCCUGAGCCCGCUCAAGGCACACCUGAGACCCUUUCUCAGAAAAAAAGAAAACGGAAAUCUUUACUGAACUUGAAAGCAUUAUUUUUCCAGAACUGAUUGGUGCUUAGGAACACGCAGCUGCUCACGCCAACAUCACCUCCUCCGAUGAUCUGGAGAGUGUGAGACUUGAAACAAGUUGUGCCUGCUGCCCGACAGUGUCCAAAGAUC